AUGAGGCCUUUCUUUAAGCCCGACAGCUGCAGCGUCGAUGGCCUUGCGGGAAACCCGCUGUCCCGGGCCUUCGACUCGCUUACCGCAGACAAGCAUCAUGCACAGCAGAUGCGAGAAGGCUACCUGUCUGGGAUCAGGCCGCCGCUUGGUGCCCUCGGAGGCCAGAUGAUGGAUCCGAUGAUGGGCCCGAGCGAGCUGGAGAACGCCUGGCGAGAAGCCGGCCCGGGCAUGCGUGGGCCAAGGAUGGGCCCGGGUCCUGGUGCGACGAUGUCGGACCAGCUCAGACAGCACAUGGAGGGCCCUGGGCUGGGUGCAGAGCCCGGUCUCUUCGACGGGCCUAUGGUUGGGCCUGCGAUGCCUGUCCAUGCAGGACCUGACUGGGCCCAAGAGUUUGCUGCCCAUCACGGACCACAGGCAUUCCGGCCACCAAUGAUGGGGCCUGUAGGGCCCGUAGGGCCAGACUGGGCAUCAGAGUUUGCUGUGCAGGGUACGGCGCCUCCUGCCAUGGAGAGCGCGUGGCAACAGGCGCAGAUGGCCGGACCUGCAGGAGCUGGCCCAGCUUCAUCCAGCACGGCGAUGUCCAGCAGCGGCCCAGUUGGGCCUAUGAUGGGUCCGAUGAUGGCGCCCAUGAUGGGCCCCAUGAUGGGCAUGGGUAUGGGCCCAAUGCUCCGGGCACCACACCAAGCCGGGCCCUCCUUGAUGCCGGCGCCGGCAAUGAUGGCCUCGGCGCCUGCUGUGAGCACAGAUGUUGCUUCCAAGGAGGCUGCGCCCAUCGAGACCCUGGCAGAGGCCCCGCAGGUUGAAGAAGCAGACCUGGGGCAAGCUGCGCAAAUGGUGGAGAUGCUCCGAAACAGUGGGAACACCAAGCUCGCCAACUCGAAGUUCGUGAACUUCAUUGACUUGGUGAGCAAGGGCGACCUUCAGUUUAAAGAGAACACCGUCGUGGACAGAGAUGGAAACCAGGUAGACUGGGAAGCUCUGUACGACACUGAUGUGGCCACGGUGACAGACAACGAUAGAGCUCACCUGGAUACGAUGUGGAAAGCUUCGGCUGGCCCUGCAGGCAUGGAGGCCGUCCUCAACCGGGUGGGCUUGGACCACCCGUUGGGCAUGGAGGACUUCGAGGGUGACCUCGCCCUCGGAAUGGCGAAUCACCGGGAGGCUCUCCAGGAGGCCCUCGGCAGGGAGGAGGCAGAUCAUCUCUUGGAGCAGAUGAUGCAAGGCUUGGACGGCUUCGAUGCGUCGACGAUGGACCUGGCUGCGAUGAGCCGGGCGAAGGAGUACAAAUUUGCGGAAGAGAAUCCUUUCCGUGAAAUCUCGGACCCGCUUGCAGAAGCUAUCCGGCUCAUCAGAGAAGGUCGAGACCGAGAAGCACUUCUGUGCCUGGAGUCUGAGGUCCAGCGAAAUCCGGAAAGUUCCGAAGGCUGGAGAAUGCUGGGCCAACUCUAUGCCGAGCUUGACCAAGACAUAGAGGCAAUCCAAUGCCUCAGGAGAGGUCACGAGGUCGACCCCUACAACUUAGACAGCUUGCUUGCCUUAGGCGUCAGCUGUACAAAUGAGCUGGACCAGCUCCCCGCUCUGCGCUACUUGCGGACCUGGCUUGAAAACCACGAGGAGCACCAGGCCAUUGCAGACCGUGUUGAAGCGCCGCCGGACUAUGAGUACGACGCGUGGCGCCGACAGGUCACAGAACUCUUUCAGCAAGCUGCGCAGGCCAAUCCUCAUGAUGCCGAUGUGUUUGUGGCAUUGGGUGUCUUGGAAAACAUCAACAGAGACUUCCCCGCCGCUGUUCAGGCUCUUGCCACUGCUUGCCGGCUGCGACCGAACGAUCCCACAGUUUGGAACAAGCUGGGUGCAACCUUGGCCAAUUCGGGAAAGAGUGAGCAAGCCGUGGUUGCCUACCAUCAAGGAUUGGAGCUGAAGCCCAAUUAUGCUCGGAGCUGGUCGAACAUGGCCAUCGCGCACGCUAAUUUGGGCAAGCACAAGGAUGCUGCGCGUUUGUACCUGUCAUCUUUGGUGCUGAAUCCAGAAGCAACGCACACUUGGAACUUCCUUCAAAGCGCGGUGCUAAACAUGAACAUGGACAGCCAGUACGCUCUCGAGGCAACGGAGGCUAUUGAGCAGAGAGACUUGAAAGCUGCAACACAGAUCAUUGAUGGUGUUCUUGAUCCGGCGAAGUUGCCGAAACCACUUGACCAACCUACGAGGCCGCCUGAUGAGAUUUUGUCAUCCAUUGGGCUAUGA